CACAAGCAUGUGAAAGAUUUACUCACUCACAUUUCUUUACUCCGUCGUCCCUCGACUUUCCAAGGCCAAUUACCCAUUCACGCAGCGUCUGUCCUUCUACAAGCCUAUUCUAUACUACUCAUCCUCUCGGUUCUACUUUCGUUCACCUUUGCCCCUCUUACCGCAUUGACACAGCUUCGGCCCGCUUCGCCAGAUCAGUCCCAACAGAUAUUCAACCCAAGGCGAAGUCAUUGCAAAAGACUAUUGCUAUCCCGUCUCAACCUCCGGCGCAGCUCUUUCAUUCAUGCUCGUACAUCCUGAUGACCUGUUGACCCCCGAUAUCAACCGAGAUUUACCUGGUCACCGUCCGUCUACUCUACAACCUAUUCGACUUCCUCUCGAACUUCCUCCCCACCACGGACUCCGCGUCCGCCACAACCUCGCCGUCUGACUACAAUCCCACCGGCUAGGCUGCCAUUGCGCAGCCUGAAAGAGGCGGAGGUGGUGCUGGGUGGAUGUUGGCUACACAAACAAUGUCGUCCCAUGGUGGACAGCAGAAUUUCCCUUUUGGCUGUAGGAUUCACGGUUUCCUUCCUCUUAACACAGGCGCAUUUGCUUACGUCUAUAUCAUAGACCAACAAGAGAAUAUACACGGUCUGGGCCUACCUGAAUUCAUGAAUCCCGGCCCUCCUCCGGGUCAGCCCCUACUCAAUGCUGUUGAGAACCAAGACCUUGACACCUUCUUCAACGACUUCGACCAAAAUGCUACCGCAAAGCAAUUCACCCAGUUUAUGCCCACAGGCCAUGACCAAUACUUUGGCAUGCCGCCGACCUUCGUUGGCUCCGAAACAGACUUGGGCGGUCGGCCCAUUAUCGAUCCUCACCAGUUGCAAGGUGGAACAUUCCAAUACGGCGAUGGUAUGCUUGGCCAUGAUAUGAACAAUCUCGGGCAGACAAACACAAUGGACAAUCGCAUGCAUGGUCAGGUAUACGGCAAUUCGGCUUUCCAAACUUCUUUAGUCUCUCAACUUCAGACGGCGGCCACAAUGCAACCAGCUUUUGUUCCUGCGUGGCAGCAACAAGCGUUUAACCCGCAAAGCAUGAUGGAUGCCCAGCAACCAAUUCGACAAACUGUGGCGUUUGGUACAGACGCUCGCUUCCAACCCAACGGUUAUGCCGCUGCUCCUCACAAUCCCUUGGAUCCCGAUAUCCCGCAUGGAAUGAAGAUGCAUCCCAUGGAUUGGUUUGAGCCGACCAGUGGGAGUACCACGCAACCUAACACCCGCCCAAGCACACGACCUAAUACACAACCUUCAAGUCCAAACUGGCACAAGAAGAGGACAUUUGACGACUUUCAGGGAGACCAAUCUGCUCACAAUGGAUUUGUUGCGUCUACGAAAGGUCAGCAAAAUGCCGUCGCGCAACCCACUCCACCGUUCCAUCCUCGGAAACGGAAUUCUGCCGUAAAGAAUGAGAAAGGAAAGUCCUCACAACCCCCAACGCCUCUGUCCAAUAGCAAGUCGCACACGCCACUCAAGAGCGAGGACGACGAUCACGAGCUAGAUGCCGAGGCAGAGGAGGAAGAUGAGACUACGGAACAAGCCAGAUCUCCUUCACCAGCCCCUUGGCCUGCCAACAAGGCUCGUCCACCCCGAAAGGUACCACCACCCCCGCCUCCUAAACCCACCCGGAAAAAGAAAGCUAGUGUGGAUUCGACAACAACACCGAUCAAACCCAAAGCAAAGGUCGCAUCCAGCGGCUCAUCGAGCAAGUUGUCGUCCAGAGUUCCACUCACUCUGGAACAGAAAAAGGCCAACCACACAAACUCGGAACAACGUCGUCGAGAUGCUACAGCUCGAGCUUAUGCCGAACUCUACGAUCUUGUGCCUGAACUCGAGGAAAUGGGAAAGCAGAGCACCAUGAAGAAGCUCGAGGUCGUGGUGGCCAAAGUUCGGCGAGUGAAGCAGAGAGUGGAAGAACUAAGGCUGAAGCUUGGUCUCGACCCUGGCACAGGACGGCCCAGCACUUCGCCGAUGCAUUCCGCCGGAGGCAAUGUCCUCAUGCACGGCGAUAUCCACGGAUGGCACCAGUAGUCACUGGCAAAGGUCCUUACUUAGGAACAUGGUUCCCACCAGCGACGACACAUACAGUCUACGCCUGAGUAGUCAUGAUGCCCGACCUGGCUGUUGCUCCAUGAACAUGACGAAAACACGGCGCCCCUUCCCUAUCCUCAAGGAACCCCCCUAAACUUUUUCCUCAUUACUUUUCGAGAGAUACCCCACUUCGAUUCAACUACACAGUACUCACAAAAAUUCCUCAACUCGGGCUUGGACAUAUGGGCGGCAAUUAGCGUUGAUUUGUUUUAACAGGGAGCUUAUUACGGGAGGAUGGAAUUACUGCGGUACAGGGCAUCAGACCUACUGACACUGAAGAGCUGGAGAAUGUAGGGGCCCAAUGAUACCGGAUAUAUUCGAGCCGGUAAAUCAUCCGCGGCCACCCUCAGGGUUCAGAGAAAAGAGGAGAUCAAUCACAAUCGACUCUGCAAAGGGGGGAAAGGUUGGAUGUGCGUGUAAAUAGAAGAGUUGGACUGUCGGGACUACACUUCGUGAUGUCGAGAACCUCAAACCUCGAGAGUCGACCGAAUGAGAUGAACUCAUACAAUCCAAUCCGGAUGUCAUCUCCCUUCUGCUUCUGCUUCUCCCCCCACCCAUGGGACCUGAACUGACAUUCCUGGUCACACUCUUGCCGCAUCGGUGACUGCACCCGCGCGUUCCUGUUGUGCUUUAAGCCUCGGCUCAUUCAGCAGGCUUGUCGAUCUACAAGCGUACUACUAUGAGGGUGGCAUCAUCAAGUCCAGGUUCGGCGAAAGCCUUGUCUCG